AUGGGGAAUUUCCGCAGUGCAAUUGGUGCAAGCACCAUAGCCUGGCCUGUACGUUCAACCGAAUUACAGGACAAACCGAAGCACGGGUUCUUCAGAUCCACCAUCCCUCACGAAAAUGUGACAUUUUUUAGUGGAAUACAUCUACUUACUGAUGAGGGUCUAAGAUGGAUUGAACAUCAGGUGGGGGAAGAAGUCAACCGUGCAAAAUUGAGCGCAUUUGAGCUACCAUGGACAAAUCCGCGUCGAAUCCACGACUACGCUGCUGUCUCGUCCGACCUCCCUCCUGAACUACCUCGUCGAAAGACUGUUGAGGUGUAUGUUCUACGGUUUACUUCGUCAUUUACGAGCCUCGUAUUCCCCGUCAUUAGCAAAACUCUCUUCAUGAAGACGCUAGACCUUGCUUAUGGGCCACGUGGUGUAUUCGGCAGCACUAGUGCCAACGCUUGUGUCUAUUCCUUCAUCUCGCUAGUAAGCUUGUUUGGCUUUGACGACAACACACAUGGGGCUGUAGACUGUGGGUCUUAUGCCUCUACAGCCUUGAGAGCAGUACCUCAUAUCAUCGAAGAGAUGACGGUCGAUGGACUUCAAUCUCUUAUGAUGCUUGUUCAUCUUCAAUAUUUCUUGGGUGAUCUUCAAUCAGCUGCAGUCACCAUCUCUAUUGCCACCCGGCUUUUAUACAAACUCGGAGCCCAUACGAAUCCAGCUGGUAUGAACUCCUCCGUUCAUUUGCCGCCAUAUAACAAGGCCAUUCUUGAAUAUCAUGUUCGAGAUCUUUUUUGGGUGUGUUACUCGUUCGACAAAGAUAUUUCUCUCAGAAUGGGUCAGCCCGCAUCCAUCAAUGACUUCAAUUGCGACCUGUCAUUACCUUUGGAGUACGUUCGCCUGCAGAAUUCCAACAUCCAACGGGAUGAGCUAAAGCCCGACGAUCAUACACUUCCUCUUUACCCUUGGGAUCUUCGACUUUCAAUGAUUAAAUCAGAAGCCUACAAUACCCUGUACUCAGUGAACGCCAGUUUCAAAUCAGACUGCCAGAUCCUAGAGAGCAUUCGAUGCCUUGAUGCGGCACUGGAUGAGUGGAGGCUAUCACUUCAUUCCGAAAUUCGUCCAACAUUGUGCUUCUCGUCGGAUAUGUCGACCAAAGCAAAAUUGAACACACAGGAAGUGAUACUCCGACUCGCGUAUUACCACUGUAUGUCCAUAAUCCAUCAGGCAAGUGACAGGCGCAAUAUCUCCAAGCUUGAUGCCGGAAUUCGACUGGAGGGGAUAAGCUCUAGCGUAAAUCUUUCUACCACGGCCUGUCGCUCCACACUUUCGCUCCUUCAAACAAGGUUGCCUACGUUGAAAGGGGAAUGUUUCUGGGUGCUGCUUUUCUAUAUAUUGACAGCAAACCUAACUCUCUUUUGUAACAUCCUCAAGGAUCCACUUCAGUCGGAAAGCUCUCAAGACGUGGCUAUCUUACGUGAGGUUCCCGCCAUGAUAAAUAAAAUUCCCAUUCGAAAUCUCACUCCAGCCGAAAUGAUUCACUUGAGUUUUCUGAACGGUUUUACCACAGAACUUGCAAGGCUAGCGAUGUGCGCUGUGUUGAAGGCGCAAAAAGAAUCGCGUAGCCCGGGACAUGUAUGCACUUAA